AUGGCCUCAAUUCUUACGCGUGCUGCUCCUCGAGCUCUCUGCUUCACUGCGCGUGCUUCUGCUGCCCGCCCCAAACUCAAUAUUCAACGUCCAUCAACGCCCCUCUUACGACGAUUCCUUGUCACGUCAGCAGAACAGCCGCGUCUCCGCCUUGGAUCAGUAGCUCCGAAUUUCAAGGCGAAGACUACACAUGGUGACAUCGAUUUCCACGAGUUCAUCGGCAACAGCUGGGCGAUCCUUUUCUCACAUCCCGCGGACUUUACGCCAGUUUGCACAACAGAGCUGGGUGCGUUCGCAAAGCUGAAGAAUGAGUUCGAGAAGCGCGGCGUCAAGAUGAUCGGGCUGAGCGCGAACGACCUCACGUCGCACGACCAGUGGGUGUCCGACAUCAACGAAGUCUGUAAUACAAAUGUGCAGUUUCCCAUUAUCGCCGAUGCCGACCGCAACGUCGCCUUCCUUUACGACAUGAUCGCCCAGGAUGAUUUAGACAACAUCAAGGGAAAAGGAAUUGCGUUUACGAUUCGCUCAGUCUUCAUAAUCGACCCGAGCAAGAAGAUACGAUUGGUAAUGCUGUAUCCUGCCUCUACCGGGCGGAAUACAGCCGAGGUGCUGCGGGUCAUUGAUAGCCUGCAGACGGGCGACAAGAAGGGUGUGGUGACGCCCAUCAACUGGACUGCCGGCGAGGAUGUCAUCGUACCACCAUCAGUGUCAACAGAAGAUGCCAGGAAGAAGUUUGGCGACGUUAAGGAAGUCAAGCCGUACCUGCGAUUUACUAACAUCGGCAAGUAG